CCUAAGGGGCGUGGCGGUCGCACCUGCGCGAGUAGGGGGAAGGAGGAGGGGCGAGGUGACGCAGGCGUAAUAAUAGAGAAGGUGCCAGAAAGAUCCAAAACAAGUGGCUGCGGCCGUCGCCCAGGAGUCAUCAGACGCCGGAUUCCGGCCCUGGCUCGAGCUUGUUCCACCCCCUUCCCCGGGUAUGGCGCUGUCUGGGUCGACCCCUGCCCCGAGCUGGGAGGAGGAUGAGUGCCUGGAUUACUACGGGAUGCUGUCGCUUCAUCGUAUGUUCGAGGUGGUGGGCGGGCAGCUGACUGAGCGCGAACUGGAUCUGCUGGCCUUCCUGCUGGAUGAGGCCCCCGGCGCCGCCGGAGGCCUGUCCAACGCCCGUAGCGGCCUGGAGCUGCUGCUGGAGCUGGAGCGCCGCGGGCAAUGCGACGAGAGCAACCUGCGACUCCUAGGGCAACUCCUUCGAGUGCUGGCCCGGCACGACUUGCUACCGCACCUGGCGCGCAAGCGGCGCCGGCCAGUAUCUCCAGAACGCUAUAACUAUGGCACCUCCAGCUCUUCUACAAAGAGGUCGGAGGGCAGCUGCCGUCGCCGUCGGCAGUCUAGCAGCUCUUCAGAUGUUCAGCAGGACCAGUGGGAGACAGGCUCUCCCACAACCAAGCGGCAGCGGCGGAGUCGGGGCCGGCCCAGUGGUGGUGCCAGACGGCGGCGGAGAGGGGGCCCAUCCGCCCCUCGGCAGCAGCAGGAGCAGGCCAGACCCACUUCGGAAGGCAAAGUGACCUGCGACAUCCGGCUCAGGGUGCGAGCAGAGUACUGCGAACAUGGGCCAGCCUUGGAGCAGGGUGUGGCAUCUCGGCGGCCCCAGGCACUGGCACGACAGCUGGACGUGUUCGGGCAGGCCACGGCCGUGCUGCGCUCCCGAGACCUGGGCUCCGUGGUGUGUGACAUCAAGUUCUCGGAGCUCUCCUAUCUGGACGCCUUCUGGGGGGACUACCUGAGUGGCGCCCUGCUACAGGCCCUGCGGGGCGUGUUCCUAACUGAGGCCCUGCGGGAGGCUGUCGGCCGGGAGGCUGUCCGCCUGCUGGUCAGUGUGGACGAAGCUGACUAUGAGGCCGGCCGGCGCCGGCUGCUGCUCAUGGAGGAGGAAGGGGGACGGCGCCCGUCAGAGGCCUCCUGAUCCUGGAUCUGGCAGGACUGACCCCACCUUCUAGCUUUCGGGCCACCUUCCUGAGAGGAUAAAGACCAUCUCUGCUCCUAGGGGACUGUCACUCCAGCAGCUUUGAGGACUGAAACAGACAGAUGGCCAGCCCCCGUGACACUCUGGCUCAUUGACAGCUUCUCUGACAGGAUGUGGGCUUUGAGGCCUAAACCACUUCCAGCUGAGUUUCCUUCCCAAGCUCUCCCCACCCCCACCCUCAGGUGUGUUUUUUCAGCUCCAGGAGGCCAGGGGCUCCAGCGUGUAGAUUCCAAAGGAAAGGGCACACAGCCACAUAGUCACUAAGGGCCUCCUGCAUAUUGUGUCCUUGACCCUGGGCUGUGUGCACACAUUGCCCCCUGGAAGUCUCUCUUGGGCUCUUGUUCUGGCCUGCUCCACACACUUAUUUGGCUUAAGGGCUUCUCUCUCAGGAUCUCUGAUUUUACUGCCCCCAACCCUGGGCUUCAGUCACCCCUGGCACUGGAGCUGGGGCACACACGGGCCCUGUUCACCUUGCCCACACAUCUCUGCAGCCAGCCAGGGCUCUGCCCACCUUCCACAAACAGACCUGGCACUCCACCUUCCCCUGCUCCCCAGAGCUGGGCACAGACUUGCACAAGGACCUACCUGCACCCAGUGUGAGGUGUGUUGUCAGCAAUUGCCAGACGGUGUGUGCUGUUGCCCACGGGGCCAGGACCAGAAGCCAACUGCUCUCUCAGAAGGAGAGAGGCAAAGGCUUGGGGGCUGAUGGGAAAGGUCUUUUAUAAAUGGUACCAAUAAAACUGCCCUGGAAGGGGUGUAGAUGGGCAUCAAGGCUCCCUGGGACUCUUUUCUUAAUGGGCUGGAGGAAGGAGCUGAUCAGAGCCUGGGCCUAAUACCAGUCCUGGAGUUCCUGGCCCAGAAUCGGGCUGGAGGGUGGGCAGGAUGCUAGGUCGUUUUGUCAGUGGCCACCAUAGGCUUGUCCUCCUGUCUGGGCCUCAGUUUCUUCAUCUGUCAAAGGAAGUACAGUCAGACCUCGGUACUCAUCAGCUUUUGACCUCAUCAAGCCCAGUACUCAUUGCACUUUGAUGAGAAAGAGUGUUUUGAGACUCUUCGCACUUGCUAGAACUUGUGUGAGUCAUGAUGCCACCUGGCGAAAGAAGAGGCUUCACUGGGUACUCAUUGGUUUCAGCACUCGUCAUGAUCUAAUUAACGAUGAGUACCGAGGUACCACUGUACUAGUAGCCCUGGAGUCACAAAUGCAGCCCUGUAGACACAUGCAUUGUUCCUUGGGAGUACCAGUAUUUUUAACUUGUCCAGUGACGAAGGCCAGCUGUUUCUGAGGCUUACAGCUCAGAGGUUUGCAAACCAAACAACAGCAGCCAGGCUUGGAAUCCCUCCCCAGGUGGUUCCCCACAUACUGCCUUCUGGAGAGUCACCUCAAGUCUGGAUCUGUUCUUUCUCUUCCUGAAGUCAAACUGCUUCCUGCCCCCCUGUGGCUGCAGGAGGUUGUGGCCUCCUGCUCUUGCCCCACCACUUGUUUACAGGCUUAGGAACUCAAGUGUCUUACACAACACCCAGGGGUUUUCUUCCUGAUGGGGAAGGGAACCAGGAUGGGGGAGCUUGGGGUGAGGUAGGCAGGGGUUCUAACUGUUGGCCUCCCCUGGGGGAGGGGGUGGACCUGCUCACACCCGGGAACCUGUCCAGGACCCUUGACCUGUGUGAUGUGCAAGGGAUAAAGCAGCAGGUUUAGCAGGUGAGUCCUGGCCAGCAGUCAAGACCUGGUCCAGCCGCUCGCUGUGUGACUCCACUUUUUCCGUACCCUCUCUGGAAGGGAGCUCAGGUCUACUGGGCAUGCUCAAGAUCUAUUUAAUACUUAGCCCGCUGUGUGAAGUAGGGAUUUUACCCCCAGUUUGACAGGAAAUGGGCUCAGAGAGGGGAAGUGGCUUGCCUGGGGGAUGAAGCAGCAGCACUGAGGUGAAAGCAGCGCCCCCCUAGUGGGCCAUGUCAGGUUGGGAGGGGGAUGGGAGCUUCUGCGCUCCUCCUUCCCUUGAGCUGGGGGACUCUUUGACUUGGGUCGCAAUAGGCUUUCUUUUCAGGACCUUCCCAGUUUGGGGUUGAACUUUACUUGGGGCUGCUUGUGCUUAAGGGUAGGAACUGCUGCCUGUUGGCUGAGCUUAAUUCCAGGGUCUGCUGCUCCCUCAGGCCACAGUGCCUGUCUCAAACCCUAGUGAAUGGUGGGCCCCACCAGCCCCCUUACUGGACAAGAGUCAGGGCUGUCCUCUGCUUCAGUUUCCCUACUGUCUGCCUCAGCCUGUUGUAUCCCUUAGGCCCCUCCCAUGCACCCCACCCCCUUUCUCUGGGUUCCCUUUUUAGCUCCUCAAGCUGCUGCUUGCUGGCCAGCACGUGCAUGUGGGAAGUAAGAACGUAACUUUGAGGCCUUUGGAGGGCGCAGGCGCAGGCGCAGUGCAGUCCCAGUGGCGGGAACCUUGAGGCAAUGCCUCACUCCUCUAAAUCCUCACUGAGCUCCUGCAUCGUGAAGCCCGCCUGGGCUUGCCAGAGCUCACACCUGACGCUGGGGGUGACCUGACCUCUGAGGCACAGAAAUGGGUCAGACCCAGGCCUUAAGGAUAACCCAGGGAGAUCAAAGAGCUUCAGAAAUCGAAACAGACUUCUGAACAGGAUGCAGCCAAGGGAAACGGGGUACUGUGGGAGCUCAGAGGAAGGCAGGUCAUGGUAUCACGGAGAGGAGCCUGCAGCUGGCUCUUGAAAGAUGAUGAGAUCAACAGAAUGACAGGAGACAUUCCAGGUGGAGAACCUUGCUUAAACCCUAGCGGACAUUCCUGAAUGGGAUGUAGAGAGACAAAGAUGGACAGAGGCGAAGGCAAAUGGCCCUGGAGAGUCCGCCACCUCUUCACUGCGUCAGCAGCCAUGUGUUGCCACAUGCUGGCAGACAGCCGUGGGCCUGAAGUUGACAACAUAAGGUGGAAGCAUGGACGCCCAGGUUCCCCAGGACCUCCCAUGGGCCAGGCCCUGGGCUGGCUUCUGUUGGGGUCCCUGAGAGGACUCUAGACUGGGUGCUGCCUUCUGCUCUGGUGGAUGAGCCAGACUGGAGCACUGUGACUCACAGCCCAGAGCGGCUAGUGACUGAACAGGCAGCAGAGGCUGGUGGAGCCCUAGGGACCUGGGUGGAGGGACCCAGGAAGGCUUCAUGGAUUGGGAAGCUCCUGUUCACUCUUGGAAGUUACCACCACCACCAUCAUCACCACCAAGGUACAUUUUAGUUGUGAAUAUAACACUCAGAAAAGUGCAUAAAGCAUAAAUGUAUAGUUAAGUUGUCAUGAAGCAUCUGUGCCUCUCACCUUAAGGGGUACAUGACCUGCACCCCAGAAGCCACCCCCCACCAUGCCACCUUUGUGUCAUGUGCUCCCUUCUGGUCACAGCUCCCCUCUUUUCUUAGCUGGGAACACUACCCUGACUUUUUAAACUUGAUUUUGAGGGAGAGAGACAGACAGGCUUUGAUUUGUUGUUCCAAUUAUUUAUGUAUUCAUCAGUUGAUUCUUGUAUGUGCCCUGACCGGGGACUGAACCUACAACCUUGGCAUAUCGGGACAAUGCUCUCAUAGACUGGGCUACCUGGCCAGGGCUAUCCUGACUUUGACAGUAAUAAUGUCUUGCUUUUAUUUAACUUUCUAGUUUUACAUUGCUCAGUGAUAUAGUUCAUUUUAUCUUUAUUUGUACUUGACAUAAAUGACGUCAUAAAAUGUG